GAUUUCAGAGAGAUGCUCCCUCUCUCUCUAUCUCUCUCUCUUCUCUAUGCAGAGUCUCUGCACACUGCACAAACACAAAAAAAUUUUACUGACAACUGCCUUAAAUUGGAUCUGUGAGCCCUCCAUUGCUGCUCUCUCUGCUUCUCUUUUUUUUUCUAGUUCAAACUCAACAUUUCUUCGAUCUCCUUCACCGGAUCUCAGAUUCUUCAGCUGGACUUAGAUCACCGGUUGUUGUUUUAGGAUCUAGCUUCAAUGUUCGAUUCUUAGUAGCUGUUUUUUGUGAUCAAUGUUGUUUUUGAUUCGAUUAUUAUGAAUCCUCUUUGCUGCAUUGCUCCGGUUUCGAUUGAUGACCGGACUAAUCCCGUCGUAGCGAAAUCAUCGAAUCAUCAUUUAGGGCUCGAAGCUAUUCCGGUUAGUAAACACGCUUCUAAGCCGUCGUUUUCGACUCAGGCGUCUUGGAUCAGCCAAGAUCAGCUUGAGAGACUCUCUUCUGAAGUAGUAGACGACGUCAAUCUCGAUGGGAAAGAUGCUUCUUCUUCUUCUAAUAAAGGAUGUUUCUUCUUUGGGAACUGCGUCGGUGCUGGAGCUGGAGUUGCUGGGAUCAUGUAUAAGUGGGUGAACUAUGGGAAAGGAUGGAGAGCUAGAUGGUUUGAGCUGGAGGAUGGUGUUUUGUCGUAUUAUAAGAUCCAUGGACCUGAUAAGAUUGUGAUGAAUCCGUCUAGAGAGAAAGGUGUUAGAGUGAUUGGUGAGGAAUCUGUGAGGUACAUUAGGAAAGCUAGCUGCGGUAGUAGCAACCGACUUGGAGCUUCUGCUGUAGCAGCUUCAAGGCCUUGUAAACCAUUCGGAGAAAUACAUUUGAAGGUUUCUUCGAUUCGAGCGAGCAAGUCUGAUGACAAAAGGCUUGCUAUAUUUACUGGUACAAAGACUCUUCAUUUACGUUGUGUUUCGAAAGAGAAUAGAGCGGCUUGGGUAGAAGCUUUUCAGGUGGCCAAGGAUCUUUUUCCUAGAGUGGCCAGUGGCGACAUCCUACCCUCAGAAGAUGCGGUUGUUUCUACCGAGAAGUUGCGUGAAAAGUUACUGCAGGAAGGCGUUGGUGAGACAGUGGUGAAAGAUUGUGAAGCCAUUAUGCUUUCGGAAGUUUCUGUGUUGCAGAACCGGUUGAAGGUUCUCACACAUAAACACAUUAUACUACUGGAUACACUGAGACAGUUAGAGACUGAGAAAAUAGAGCUGGAAGCUACCGUCGUUGAUGAAACAAAGGAGCAUGACUCUUGCUGUGGACAGGGAAGACGAUUUAGUGAUUUCUAUUCAGUGAUGUCAGAGGUAUCUGCAAGCGAUUCUGAGGCAGAUAAUGAAAGUCAAGAUGGAGCAGAUGUUGAAUCUGAUGAAGAUGAUGUACCUUACUUUGAUACAAAUGAUAUCCUAUCAGCCGAAGCAAUGAGAAGUGCUUCUUACCGUAGCAGAGAAGCUGAAGGAAAUGGAUCUAUCUACGAUAAAGACCCCUUCUUUUCAGACCGUCUGCAAAUUCCCGCUAGGAUCCCGCAGUAUCCAUAUGUCAGAAGAAGGGAUAAUUUACCGGAGCCAAAGGAGAAGGAAAAGCCAGUUGGAUUAUGGUCAAUCAUCAAAGAAAACAUUGGCAAAGACUUGUCUGGAGUUUGUCUCCCUGUAUAUUUUAAUGAGCCUCUCUCUUCUCUGCAGAAGUGCUUUGAAGAUUUGGAGUACUCAUACUUGAUAGACAGAGCACUUGAGUGGGGGAAGCAGGUCAGGUCAUUCAGCCUUUUUUUAAUUUUAGUACGAUACAGGAAAGAGUGGUUUAUUCUUCAAGGUAAUGAAUUGAUGAGGAUUCUAAACAUAGCAGCGUUUGCUGUAUCUGGCUAUGCGUCCACGGAAGGCAGGCAAUGCAAACCUUUCAACCCUCUACUUGGUGAGACCUAUGAAGCUGAUUAUCCAGAUAAAGGACUUCGUUUCUUCUCUGAGAAGGUGAGUCAUCAUCCUAUGAUUGUUGCUUGCCAUUGUGAGGGACAAGGGUGGAAUUUCUGGGGAGACUCAAAUAUCAAAGGAAAAUUUUGGGGACGGUCAAUCCAGCUUGACCCAGUGGGUGUCUUAACAUUAAAAUUUGAUGAUGGUGAGAUAUAUCAAUGGAGCAAGGUUACCACUUCUAUAUACAACAUCAUCCUUGGUAAACUUUACUGCGACCAUUAUGGAACCAUGCGUAUCAAAGGCGGUAGCAAUUAUUCCUGCCGGUUGAAGUUCAAGGAGCAGUCAGUCAUAGAUCGAAACCCUCGUCAGGUUCAUGGGUUUGUGCAAGACAACAGAACCGGGGAGAAAGUAGCUAUACUGAUAGGCAAAUGGGAUGAAGCAAUGUACUAUGUAUUGGGAGAUCCGACAACAAAACCAAAGGGGUAUGAUCCAAUGACAGAAGCAGUGUUACUGUGGGAAAGAGACAAAUCUCCUACAAAAACAAGAUACAAUCUCUCCCCUUUUGCGAUCUCUCUCAAUGAGAUAACUCCUGGGAUGAUAGACAAAUUGCCUCCAACAGAUUCAAGACUGAGACCAGACCAAAGACACUUAGAAAACGGUGAAUAUGAGUCAGCAAAUGCCGAGAAACUGAGACUUGAACAGUUACAGAGACAGGCAAGGAGGCUGCAGGAGAAAGGAUGGAAACCAAGAUGGUUUGAAAAAGAUGAAGAAGGAAAUUAUCGGUAUCUAGGAGGUUACUGGGAAGCAAGAGAGAAGAAAGAUUGGGAUAGAAUCACUGACAUUUUCAAGAAGCAACAACAGCGUAACUCGCUCUCAUCUUCUUCAUCGUCUACCUUUCUUUAAUCAUCAAUUAUCCCAUGUUUUUUUUUUGUGCUUUGAUAAUUUAAUACAUAUAGAAAGAAUCUUCACCAUUCCCUCAUUGUGCUUCUGUGAAAAUUUGGCCGGAACCUUUGUUGGUGUGCGUGUAUCUGUAGAUGUCAAAGAGACUAAUUAUUGGAAAUGAUGAAUUUUUCCUUCAGAAUUCCAAUCUUCAUGUUUGUUUAUAGUUCAUAGAAUGGUGGUAAAAGCCAAAAAAAGUAUAUGGCACGAAGGAACAAAAUAGUAAUUUAUUAAUCCCACUGUAAAUAAAACGUAUG